UAAACACAGAUCACAGAUCAUUCUGGUCUUACUCUUACCCUCCAGUUCUCAGUUCUCACAAAGAUUAGCGAUCAUUCAAUUCUCACUAAAUACGAAAUGGCGGAAGGAGUUCUGUAUGACGUUGCUGCUGGAAUUAUCGGGAAAGCAGGCAACCUAGCACUCAAAGAGAUCGUGCUCAUCUGGAGUGUCAACGACGAGAUUACCAAACUUGGGGAGACAGUUUCUAUCAUCAAAGCUGUGCUUCUGGAUGCAGAGACGAAGCAGCACAACAGUGAAGUGAUCAAACUGUGGCUGAAAAGCCUUAAGGAUGCCAUGUGUGAUGCGCAUGACUUGCUGGAUGAAAUCUCCACUGAGGCCUUGCAACGGGAAGUGAUGACCCGCGACAAGAAGGCAAAAGAGGUACGCAUCUUCUUUUCCAAAUCUAACCAGCUUGCAUACGGUCUUAGAAUGGGUCAUAAGGUUAAGGCCAUGAGGGAGAGGUUUGAUGCGAUCGCAGCUGUUAGGAAUAAGUUUGGCUUAGAAGAAUGUCCCGAGGAGAGACAAGUUCGGUAUAAGGCAAGAGAGCAGACUUACUCUCAUGUACAUGCUGAAGCUGUUAUAGGGAGGGAGGGUGAUAAGAAGGCUAUUAUUCGAUCUCUGUUGAAUGCCAAUGCCAAAGAGAAUGUUUUGGUCCUUCCGAUAGUUGGAAUCGGAGGCCUAGGGAAGACGGCAGUUGCUCAACUUGUCUUCAAUGAUGAAGAAAUCAAGAAUUAUUUUGAGCUAAAAUUGUGGGUGUGUGUGUCUGAAAAUUUUAAUGUGAAAAUAAUUGUCGAGAAAAUCAUGGAGUGCGUAAAAAAUAAGAAACCAAAAGACCUUGAAAUGAACACAUUAGUCAAUGAUCUUCAAAAAGAAAUUAAUGGAAAAAGAUACUUGCUUGUGUUGGAUGAUGUGUGGAAUGGGGAUCGUGAAGAAUGGCUUAGCUUGAAAAAUAUUUUGGAGGGUGGCAAAAGUGGCAGUAGAAUCUUAGUGACUACACGUAGUGAAAAAGUGGCAGAGAUUACAAAAUCUAUGCAAUCGCACUUGUUAAGGGGUUUAGAUGAUCAACAGUCUUGGUCUUUACUUAAGAAGAUGGCGUUUAAAGAGGGGGAAGAAUUGAAGAAUGCAAGUUUUGAAAAAAUUGGGAAUGAGAUUCUAAUGAAGUGUGGAGGGAUUCCGCUUGCUAUAAGAGCAAUAGGAGGUCUGUUGUAUUUAAAAAAAUCUGUAGAAGAGUGGCAAUCAUUCAAAGACAAUGAACUUUUGACUAUAUCACAGAAUGACAAUGGUAUUUUACCAACAUUAAAGUUGAGUUAUGAUCAUCUCCCAUCACAUUUGAAGCAACGCUUUGCUUUUUGUAGUAUAUUUCCAAAAGAUUAUAAGAUUGAAAAGUCGAGUUUGAUUUAUAUGUGGAUGGCACAAGGAUUCAUCAAAUUGUAUAAUGAAAAGAAAUGUCCAGAAGAUGUUGGUGAUGAGUAUUUUAUGAAUUUGCUUUGGAGAUCGUUCUUUCAAGAAGUUGAAGAAGAUGAACUUAGCAAUAUUUCAAAAUUCAAAAUACAUGAUCUCAUGCAUGAUAUAGCAAUACAAGUAAUGGGAACAGAGAGCACCACCAUUUAUUCAAAAGAUAAUGUCAUUGACGAUAAAACUCGUCAUGUGUCAUUUGGGGAUAUGUUGUUCUCAUCAUCGGAGAUUCCGAUCUCGUUAUAUAGAGCAAGAAGGAUAAAGACAUUUCUUUUGCCAGGUCAACGAGGAGGGUAUGUUACUUCAAAUUUGGGUAGUUCAACUUAUAGUGCAAUUGUGGCUAGUUUUAAGUUCAUACACUUGCUGGAUUUGCAUAAAAUGAGGAUUAACACAAUUCCAAGUUCUAUAAAAAAUUUGAAACAUCUAAGAUAUCUUGACCUUUCUGAGAAUGACGACAUUGAGAUGCUUCCUAAUUCUAUUGUCAAGUUGUACAAUUUGCAAACACUUAUACUCUCUAAGUGUGAUAAACUUAAAGAAUUGCCAAGAGAUAUUAACAAAUUAGUCAACCUCAGGUUUCUUGAGAUUGAUGAGUGUUGGGCUUUGACUCAUGCCAAAUGGACUGGGCUAAUUGACUAA